AAAAAAACCGCGCCCGUCUUUGCCGUCCAUUCCCAUCCGUCCAAACGCUGCGGUGUGGCCCAGAUCAACCUACCGCGACACAGACUGCCCUUUCCCCUCUCACCCUUGCCGCCACCGUCCUCUAUCUGCCGUUCCACCGGCGGCGUCGCCUCCCACAGUCCCACUGAAGCCUCUCGCGGACCCUUCCAGAACUUGUCCUCGACCGCCCCGUGGUCCGGCCUCUUACCGCUCCGCUUCCUCCUACACCGGAUUUAGGCUUAUUGACGAUAAUGUGCUAGGAGAACGAAUUUGGGUGGCACGUGAGUGGUGAUCCGUUGCCCUCCCUGACAAAGACGUUAUGUCUAUGAAGAGGCAUUUUGCGAUAUUCACCACCGCAAGCCUCCCAUGGAUGACAGGAACAUCCAUCAACCCUUUGUUCCGGGCUGCUUAUCUGGCAAAGGAUGGUGAUAAGGAUGUCACACUGGUGAUCCCUUGGCUUUGUCUAAGGGACCAAGAGUUGGUUUACCCUAACAAUAUUGUAUUUGACUCGCCUUCCGAGCAAGAGAGCUAUGUUCGCCACUGGAUCGAGGAGAGGAUUGACUUUAGGCCAUCCUUCAGCAUCAAAUUCUACCCAGGAAAGUUUUCUAAAGAAAUGAGAAGCAUCCUCCCUGUUGGGGAUAUUACAGAAUGCAUUCCAGAUGAAGUUGCUGACGUUGCUGUAUUGGAAGAGCCCGAGCAUCUAAAUUGGUACCACCAUGGGCGAAGAUGGAAAAAUAAGUUCCGUCGAGUUAUAGGAAUUGUCCAUACAAAUUAUCUAGCAUAUGUAAGGAGAGAAAAGAAUGGUCAAGUUAUUGCUUGUUUCCUAAAGUAUGCUAACACUUGGGUAACUCGAAUCUAUUGCCACAAGAUUAUCAGAUUGUCAGGUGCCACCCAAAAUCUGCCCAGGUCUGUUAUAUGCAAUGUCCAUGGUGUUAAUCCAAAAUUUCUUGAGGUAGGCAAGCUAAAGUUGAGGCAGCUGCAGAAUGGGGAGAAAGCCUUCACAAAGGGGGCAUACUACAUCGGGAAGAUGGUAUGGAGUAAGGGAUACAGGGAGCUUCUUGAUCUGCUGUCCAAAUAUCAGAGCAAGUUGGUUGGUCUUGAAGUGGAUUUAUAUGGCAGCGGAGAAGAUUCUGAUGAGGUCUGUGAAUCUGCCAAACGUUUAAGUUUGUCUGUCAAUGUUCAUCCUGGUCGUGAUCAUGCAGAUCCCUUGUUCCACGAGUAUAAAGUAUUCAUCAAUCCCAGCACCACAGAUGUGGUCUGUACGACCACCGCUGAAGCCCUGGCAAUGGGAAAGAUAGUUAUAUGUGCCAAUCACCCGUCAAAUGAGUUCUUCAAGCAGUUCCCCAACUGCCGUGUCUAUGACAAUGAAGACGAGUUUGUACAACUAACCCUGAAUGCUCUAUCAGAGCAGCCUGCUCCAUUGACAGACACGCAGAGGUACGAGUUGUCAUGGGACGCUGCGACUGAAAGAUUCAUCGAGGCCUCUGAUAUAAAUCCUCAUGUGCCGGAGUCCAGGGCCCAUCAAAACUCUAGGGCUUUGUUGCCUGCUUUUCUAAGAACUCGUAAACUGAAACAGAACUUAGAGGAUGCGUCAGUUUACCUGCACCAAGCCCUGUCAGGUCUGGAAGUCACUCGCUGUGCGUUUGGUGCUGUUCCUAAGACGCUGCAGCCUGACGAACACCUCUGUAAAGACCUUGGUUUGGCUCCUCCGGCAAAGAAGAGAAGGCUGAAAAUUAAGAAGACGUAACGUUGGUGCUGUUCCAAAGAUGACGUAACGUUUAAGAUGAGCAAUGCUUCGCCUCAUGUACAGCACAAUGUGGUAGACAUUUUUACUAUUUUUCUUCUCAAAAGAGACAUUAUCAUACAGUCCGGACUCCGGUGGGAUUUCUAAUGGAGGUUUAAUGCUUCUUUUGACUAUUUAUUACUGGGACGUGUGAACUGGGGAUUAGCACAUUGUAAAUUGGUGUGCUAGCAGCUAGCUUAGAGAGCUAAGGAUUCUUUGAAUAGUGCUGUAAUUGUGUGAGCCGAUUAAUGGAUCGUAAUGAACUGUGAUGUCUGGUGUACUCGAGCUCAUCGUUUAGGCCCUCUUUUGAAUGUGAGAAUUUCUGUUUGCUGUUUA